AUGCCGGAUGCGGUUGCAGAGACAGCUCCGUGCAUCCAAGCACAGAAUGCCUUGAUGGCUGGGGACUUUCAGAGCGAGACCCAAACCUUCAUUCGCUCCGCCUGUACGGAGUGUAAACGCCGGAAACAAAAGUGUCUCCGGCACUGGCCAUGCCAACACUGCGGCACUAGACGAGUUGGAAAUCAAUGCAUCUUCCGCACAGUUCUUGAUGUUCAAUCUGUUGAUGAACGCAAGGCUCAGAUAGAUGAUUUCCUAUCACGGAUGAAGGGAAAAUGCUGCUUUUCGCAUCCCCCUGAUGGAGAAGAAGUAGACGAUAAUGAUGACAGUACUGAGAAGGACCUUGAGCAGUUUGGAUACGCCCCUACCAUGAAUUCGGAGAUACGCGGGUCUUGA